AUGGCGAGAAAGUACCUCGGCGGCUCUGGCGACAAGCUCACGCUCUGGAUCAGCCUCGCUGCUUCCACUGUCUUGAUUUUCUACGGUUAUGAUCAGGGCGUCUUUGGAAAUAUUCUCGUGUCCGAGGACUUCAUCAGGACAGUAGGAAAUCCAUCUGUUGCGGAUCAAGGCACCAUGACUUCAGUCUACAAUCUUGGCUGCUUUGGCGGCGCCCUCUCAACACUAUAUACCGGUGACAAACUUGGAAGACCCAAGUCUCUGAUCGUCGGAAGCCUCGUCAUUGCGCUCGGUGCCAUCAUUCAGGCUACCGUCUACGGGCCGGCACAAAUGUAUGUUGGAAGAGUCGUCGCAGGAAUCGGCACCGGCAUCAACACUUCAACGGCCGGUGUCUGGCAGUCAGAAACCGCCAAAGUAAGCAGCCGCGGAAAGCUGAUCAUCAUCCAAAUGGCAAACUGCAUUUUGGGCUUCUCCAUAUCCAACUGGCUGACCCUCGGCUUUUCCUUUGCCCCGGGUAGUGUCAGCUGGAGAUUCCCUCUGGCAUUCCAGAUCUUUUUCUCUGCCCUCGUUUGUUUCAUGUGCCCAUUCCUUCCCGACUCGCCACGUCUCCUUAUCCGAAAGGAACGUCACGAAGAGGCCCUGGAGAUUCUAGCUGCUCUCGAGGGCAAUGGAGCAACAGUUGACAGCCCUUCUGUACGAACCCAGUACGCCAUCAUCAAAGACGUCAUGGACAAGGAGCGUGGUGAUGAAUACACAUGGUGGCAAUUGAUUACUGGCAGGGGCCCCUCGGGCGUGGUACGACGCAUGAUUCUAGGAGCAUGGAUGCAAUGUAUGAACCAGAUUUCCGGUAUCAACGUCACCAGCUACUACAUGACCUAUGUAUUCAUCAAUGCCUUGGGCUUCAGCGAGUUUAUGGCACGCAUCCUGGCAGCCGCGGGCUCGAUCGACUACCUUAUCUUCUCAUUCCUGGCCUACUUUGUCAUUGAGCGCUACGGGCGCCGCCGCGUCAUGAUGACUUCGGCUGCAGCAUGCGCGGCUUGCUGGACGAUUAUCUCCGUUGCGGCCUCGCAGAUCGAGAUGGAAAAGGGAAAUAGAUUCCAGUGGGGCUGUGCGGCAAUCUUUGGUUUCUUUGCCUUUUUCGCAGCCUUUGGCAUGGGUGUCCUGGCCGUACCCUGGCUUUAUCCCACCGAAGUCAACGCGCUCGCGUUCAGAGCAAAGGGAGCUUCCCUGGCCAUGGCAUCUAACUGGAUCAUGAACUAUAUGGUGGCACAGAUAACCCCUCCCGGUAUCGCCAAUCUUGGCUAUCGUUUCUGGAUCAUCUGGGCAGUCAUCUGCGCCGCAUUCGUUCCUAUCACCUUUCUGUUUUAUCCCGAGACCGCCAAUCGAUCCUUGGAAGACAUCGACCGAUUCUUUGCCGAUCACCCAAGUAUCUUCGUCUUCCGCAACAAGACAGCCACUCAGUUGCAGCGACCAGAGAAGUACUUUGAGGCCGAUAAUGCUAUUGCAGCUCAGCAAUAUGACAAAGGGGAUGAGAAGCAUCCUAGCAGCACGUUUGAGAAAGAAUUCAUUUAG